UCACUCCAUAUACUCGCCAAGAGCACAUGAUUUGGAGUUACAGUUCACACAACUCCAUUCACAGGUACUUCCCAGCUCCUCAAAAUCACGAAGCCUAUAUAUAAGAUAAGGCUUGUACUUGAUCAGACUUCCAUUAAAGGUACUAGAGAGAGAGAGAGAGAGAGAGAGGGGAAUGGGUCUCCGGUUACAUAAAACUUGGAUGAUAUUUAGGGAAGGAUUAGGGGUGUGGGUGGUGAUGGUGGCAAUGCUUGGUUACUCGAUUGAUUCUAAAUGUGAUUUUGAGGCAAUAUUCAACUUCGGCGACUCGAAUUCAGACACGGGUGGGUUUUGGGCAGCUUUUCCGGCACAGUCGGGGCCCUUCGGUAUGACCUACUUCAAGAGACCUGCUGGUCGUGCUUCUGAUGGAAGGCUUAUUAUUGAUUUCUUUGCUCAAGCUCUAGGCUUGCCAUUUUUAAGCCCAUAUCUACAAUCAAUUGGAUCUGAUUAUAGACAUGGGGCCAACUAUGCAACAUUGGCAUCAACGGUGCUCCUCCCAAACACUUCCUUGUUUGUUUCCGGAAUUAGUCCCUUUUCUCUGGCCAUUCAGCUCAACCAAAUGAAGGAAUUUAAGGCCAAGGUUGAUGAACUUCAUCACUCCUCAGACAGAACAGGAUUGACGAAACUUCCAUCGCCAGACGUCUUCGGGAAAUCGCUCUACACAUUCUAUAUUGGGCAGAAUGAUUUCACUUCCAAUUUAGGAGCCAUUGGAAUAGGUGGAGUGAAGCAGUACCUACCUCAAGUGGUUUCCCAAAUUGCUGGCACCAUUAAGGAGCUCUAUGGCCUAGGGGGGCGUGCUUUUCUGGUGCUCAAUCUUGCACCAGUGGGCUGUUAUCCGGCAUUUUUGGUGGAGCUUUCUCAUGGCAGUUCAGACCUCGAUGAGUUUGGAUGCGCGAUGUCUUACAACAAUGCAGUGGUGGAUUACAACUACAUGUUGAAGGAAACACUAGCUCAAACUAGGAAAGCUCUCUCCAACGCCUCCCUCAUAUAUGUAGACACUUACUCUGUAUUGCUACAGCUCUUCCGGCAUCCCAAAUCUCAUGGGCUCCAAUAUGGAACCAAAGCAUGUUGUGGACAUGGGGGUGGUGUCUACAAUUUUGACCCUAGAUUGUACUGCGGAAACAGCAAAAUGAUCAAUGGGAGCAUUGCAACACCAACAGUUUGCAGUGACCCACAAAACUAUGUCAGCUGGGAUGGAAUACACGCUACAGAAGCAGCAAACAAGAUUGUUACAAUGGCCAUUCUCAAUGGCUCUUAUUUUGAUCCCCCUUUUCCUUUACAUCUACUCUGUGACCUCCACCCUAUUGGCUAAUUAAUUUAACCGUUGCUUUAUAUAUAAUUUAUAAAGGAUUAUUGAUGCUA